ACGAAUGAAAGAUGAAAUUCGGGAGUACAAGUUUCGAGAAGCGAGACUCCUACAGGACUACACUGAGCUUGAAGAAGAAAACAUCACUUUACAGAAACUGGUGUCCACACUGAAACAGAAUCAAGUUGAAUAUGAAGGCUUAAAGCAUGAGAUUAAACGAUUUGAGGAGGAGACAGUGUUGCUUAAUAGUCAGCUAGAAGAUGCCAUCCGGCUGAAGGAGAUUGCUGAGCAUCAGCUGGAGGAAGCUCUGGAAACUUUAAAAAACGAAAGAGAGCAAAAGAACAAUCUAAGGAAGGAACUCUCCCAGUAUAUCAACCUCAAUGAUAGUAUGUAUAAUAACCAUAUUAAUAUAUCAGUAGAUGGAUUGAAGUUUGCAGAGGAUGGGGGCGAGCCCAACAAUGAUGACAAAAUGAACGGACAUAUCCAUGGGCCUCUCGUGAAACUCAAUGGUGACUACCGAACUCCCACGGGUAGGAAAGGAGAAUCUCUUCACCCUGUCUCUGACCUCUUCAGCGAGCUCAACAUAUCAGAAAUACAGAAACUGAAGCAGCAACUCAUGCAGGUGGAGAGAGAGAAGGCCAUUCUCCUGGCCAACCUACAGGAGUCUCAGACACAGCUGGAGCACACCAAGGGAGCCCUGACUGAGCAACAUGAGCGAGUCCACAGGCUCACGGAGCAUGUCAAUGCCAUGAGAGGGCUGCAGAGCAACAAGGAGCUUAAAGCUGAGCUUGAUUGUGAGAAGGGUCGAGACCCUGGUCAGGAAGCACAUGACUACGAAGUGGACAUCAAUGGCUUGGAGAUCCUAGAAUGUAAAUACAAAGUAGCUGUUACUGAGGUGAUAGACCUUAAAGCAGAAAUCAAAGCCUUAAAGGAGAAAUAUAAUAAAUAUGUGGAAAACUACACUGAAGAGAAGGCCAAGUAUGAGAGCAGAAUCCAGACGUACGAUGAACAGGUGACAAACCUGGAGAAGUCGACCAAGGAAAGCCAGGAAAAAAUGGUCCACAUGGAAAAGGAAUUGCAAAGGAUGACAAGCAUAGCAAAUGAAAACCAUAAUACCCUCAACACCGCCCAGGAUGAGCUGGUGACGUUUAGUGAGGAGCUGGCUCAGCUCUAUCACCAUGUCUGCCUGUGCAACAAUGAGACACCAAACAGGGUCAUGUUGGACUAUUACAGGCAAAGCAGAGUCACCCGCAGCGGGAGCCUGAAAGGACCAGAUGACCCUCGAGGUCUCCUUUCCCCACGGCUUGCCAGAAGGGGGGUGUCAUCACCCGUAGAAGCCAGGACCCCAACUGAGCAGGUGGCAAAAGAGGCCACAGAGCCUGGCAAGGAACAGAGCCCAACGAAAACACCUAGCAUUUCUCCUGUCAUCACAGCCCCUCCUUCCUCCCCCGUUUCCGAUACCAGUGACAUCCGCAAGGAGCCGAUGAACAUCUACAACCUCAAUGCUAUAAUAAGGGACCAAAUCAAGCACUUGCAGAAGGCUGUCGAUCGGUCACUGCAGCUGUCACGCCAGCGUGCUGCAGCUCGAGAGCUGGCACCCAUGAUCGAUAAAGACAAGGAGGCCUUAAUGGAAGAAAUACUGAAACUGAAAUCACUCCUGAGUACAAAGCGGGAGCAGAUCGCAACCCUGAGAGCAGUGCUGAAAGCCAACAAGCAGACAGCUGAAGUGGCAUUAGCCAAUUUGAAGAAUAAAUAUGAAAAUGAAAAAGCAAUGGUGACUGAAACCAUGACCAAACUACGGAAUGAAUUAAAGGCUUUGAAGGAAGAUGCAGCAACCUUCUCAUCCUUGAGAGCAAUGUUUGCAACCAGGUGUGAUGAGUACGUCACGCAGCUGGAUGAGAUGCAGAGGCAGCUCGCAGCUGCAGAGGAUGAGAAGAAGACCCUAAACUCUCUGUUGCGCAUGGCUAUCCAGCAAAAACUUGCCCUUACUCAGCGACUGGAGGAUUUAGAGUUCGACCAUGAGCAGUCCCGACGCAGCAAAGGCAAGCUUGGAAAGAGCAAGAUCGGCAGCCCUAAAAUUGUCAGCAGCCUGCUGCCUCCAUACCGCCACACGGCUCACAACUAGCCAGGGGGCCAGAUUGCCAGACUGUCAGCCCUAAUGCUCUUCCAGAAGAGCAGCCACAUUCCAGCUCUCAGUGUGCCCCUCUCAACUGUCUCUCUAAGCCUCCUCCUUACCCCUAAUCUUCAUAUGCAAUGGAAGAGAAAAUGCAAACAGAGUGGAGUUCACGCAACAAAAGUUGGGGUUAUUCCCAGCAAGCAGGUAGACAAUCCUGCCUUGUUGCUGCAUUGACAAGUCUGGAUUCAUAUCCCCUGCUCUGGUGACAGAGGGAAGGUUGAGAAGAACACAAAGCACAGAGCCCAACCUAUCAAGAAGACUUUUUAUGGUCCUCUGAUUGUAUUCAAACUUUGCUAUCUCAACUAAAGUGUAGUGAAAUUUAACAACAAAAAUGUUCCUUCCAGCUGCUUGGCUUUACCUCUGAAAUAAUGAGAGACUUAAGCCAAUGUUAAAAAGAGUAUGUUACAAAAAUCCUACCCUCAUAUCCUCUAAGUUCAGCCAUAGGAACCAGUUCAAAUUUCCUUUUGUCAUUAAGGGUGUGAUAUUUAUUUCUUACUUUAUUUGCACCAGAAUUUUGUGUUUAUAAAAUAGUCUCUUUUUUUUUUUUUUUGUGAGAGUUGUAUUUAAUUGAUUUUAUUUUUUAAAAACAAGCAGAACUAGCUUAAAUGAAGAAUGACUGUGUUAAUAUUAAAAAGAGGCUUGUUGCAUUGGCCAGCAUAUGGCCAAUUUUUAUUGCACAAAAAUGUUGGAAAUGGAUUGAAUUGGAAUGUUAACAAUGACUGUAUAUUUUGCUGCUGCACUGAUAUUGUUUAUGCACUUGUUUUUUUUUAAUUCCUAUUA